UCGACGCUGUAAUAGCGUGGUGUCGCCCUCUACCGUUUAUAAUCAGUACUUCAUUUCAAUACUUUAUGCGGAAAUGACGUAGGGACGCUAAAGAUGGCGUCAGUUUCAAACCGCUCCGGACCGAAUGUUAUGGAGACACGCGACUCUGACAAUCUUAAGGUGAACAUUUAAAAGGUCGGUUUGCGAACGGAGAUCGUUUUCUCUUCAGUGCAUCUGCUGCCCUGACAACCGCCUCCCCGGGCACCGACACGCCCUGCUGCAGGAAACAUCCUGUGCUCAUUCAUCUGCUUCACAGACUCACUGAUCUCUGCUCGAAGAAGCGGACAUGCAGACCGGACCAGCGGAGCGGAGGAGAAAGGCUGGCCGGGGCCGGCGAGGGGAGAGCGGCCACAGCCGAGCAGAGCCGCGGUCGAAUCAGCCGGUGGUCCCGGUCACAUCUGUGAGGACGUCCGGGGAGGAGGUGGCGAGGCUGAAAGAAAUCAUCACUGACAUGCAACAGAAGACAGGAGAAGGAGGGGAGUCGGAGGAUGAGGACGAGGACGGACGGAGAGGAAGAAGGAGGGUUGUCAGGGGGAGGAGGGCAGCGUCGGAGGGGCGUGAGUGGAGCGAGGAGACGGGGAGGCUGAGGUGGAGGAUCAACGAGCUGGAGAAGGAGAAACUGGAGCUGACAUCCACCCACAACCACGAGCUGUGCAGGCUGCAGGCGGCCUUAACUCGGCUCAGGUCAUCAGUGGAGCGAGGUGAGGCUCAGAGAGUGGAGCUGCAGUAUCAGCUGACUGUGAGUCAGAGAGACGCAGAGCGAGUGGCAGAGCUCAGCAGAGACAAACACAGGCUCACAGAGCGAGCAGCAGAGCUCCAGCAGACGGUGCACGAGCUACAGAAAGCUCUUGACAUCACCCGACAGGCUAGAGAGGAGGACCAGCAUGCUUUGCAGCAGGAGGUCGAGGAACGAGACAAACUGAUUCAAAGUUUCAGCUCCGAGAACCAACAACUGCGACAACUACUGCAG